GGCAAACUAAGGCCCUGAAUGACAGUGCGGCCGGCGACUGCGCAGCGCGGGACGCACCAAGGCACUGCCGCUUUAAGCACGCUUGCCCAUUGUUCGGAAUCGAGCCAAUGAGCGAGCGCCCGCUCCCUGUGCUCAGCCAAUAGCAUUCGGGCAGAGGAGGCCGAGCGCCGCCCACUAAUCUAUAUUAAAGGUUCUGGCGCCGCGUGAGUUCCCCACUGGCUGCUCUGAAAAGCCAUCUUUGCAUUGUUCCUGCGUCCGGCUUCGCGUUCGCCGCAACCACCUCCGCCGCGCGCCUCCUCCGCCACCCCGGACUCCGGCAGCUUUGUCGCCAGAGUCCUCGAACUCUCGCUCUCUUUUUAAUCCGCUGCAUCGGAUCACCGGCGUGCCCCAUCAUGUCAGACGCGGCCGUGGACACCAGCUCCGAGAUCACCACCAAGGACUUAAAGGAGAAGAAGGAAGUUGUGGAGGAGGCGGAGAAUGGAAGAGACGCCCCUGCUAAUGGGAACGCUAAUGAGGAAAAUGGGGAGCAGGAGGCUGACAAUGAGGUAGAUGAAGAAGAGGAAGAAGGGGGAGAGGAAGAAGAGGAGGAGGAGGAAGGUGAUGGUGAGGAAGAGGAUGGAGACGAAGAUGAGGAGGCUGAGGCAGCUACGGGCAAACGGGCAGCUGAAGAUGAUGAGGAUGACGAUGUCGACACCAAGAAGCAGAAGACCGACGAGGAUGACUAGACAGCAAAAAAAAAGUUAAACUUAACAAAACAAAAAAAGGCCACCGUGACCUAUCCACCCUCCACUUCCCGUCUCAGAAUCUAAACGUGGUCACCUUCGAGUAGAGAGUCCCGCCCGCCCGCCCCACACGGGCAGCGCCACCCGCAGAUGACACACGCUCUCCGCCACCCAACCAAAACCACAACGUGAAUUUGCAACAGGGGAGGAAAAAAGAACCAAAACUUCCAAGGCCCUGCUUUUUUUCUUAAAAGUACUUUAAAAAGGAAAAUUUGUUUGUAUUUUUUAUUUACAUUUUAUAUUUUUGUACAUAUUGUUAGGGGUCAGCCAUUUUUAAUGAUCUCGGAUGACCAAACCAGCCUUCGGAGCGUUCUCUGUCCUACUUCUGACUUUACUUGUGGUGUGACCAUGUUCAUUAUAAUCUCAAAGGAGAAAAAAAACCUUGUAAAAAAAGCAAAAACAACAACAAAAAAACAAUCUUAUUCCGAGCAUUCCAGUAACUUUUUUUGUGUAUGUACUUAGCUGUACUAUAAGUAGUUGGUUUGUAUGAGAUGGUUAAAAAGGCCAAAGAUAAAAGGUUUCUUUUUUUUCCUUUUUUGUCUAUGAAGUUGCUGUUUAUUUUUUUUGGCCUGUUUGAUGUAUGUGUGAAACAAUGUUGUCCAACAAUAAACCGGAAUUUUAUUUUGCUGAGUUGUUCUAACAAA